GGCUGAAGCUCGUAUUUGCGUGCAUGAUGGAACUUUCGAAAUUCCCGCUCGACUCUCAAGUCUGCACCAUGGAGAUUGCCAGCUUCUCGAAGACGAUGAAGGAGCUGAACCUGUCGUGGAAGAGCGACGCCCCCAUCAAGAUGUACAAGAACAUGCGGAUGCCGCAGUUCGAGAUGGAGGAGAUCGUCCCCACCACCUGCCAGGAGUCCUUCCAGAUCGGGAACUACAGCUGCCUGGUGGCGGAGUUCCACAUGCGGCGCGCCAUCGGCUUCCACCUGGUGCAGAGCUACCUGCCCACCACGCUGAUCGUGGUCAUCUCGUGGGUGUCCUUCUGGAUGGACGUGGACUCCGUGCCGGGGAGGACCACGCUCGGCGUCACCACGCUGCUCACCGUCUCCUCCAAGUCGUCGGGUAUCCAAGCCGGACUACCGCAGGUGUCCUACGUGAAAGCCAUUGACGUGUGGAUGGAGCUUGUACAGCCUUCGUGUUCAGCGCCCUCCUGGAGUUCACCCUGGUCAACUACCUCUGGCGGCGCCGCCCCAUGGGAGAGACGAGGGCUUCCACGGGCUCGAACGGCAACUGCAUCCGCUCGUCCCACUCGCAGAAGUUCCCCUGCGGGACGCCGAGCCCCAACGAGUCCAAGACGGUGGUGGCCAGCCUGGCCAACUCCCCGGGCCUCACGCCUGUCGGGGGCGCUGACGCGGCGGGCGAACAGGGCAGCAUGUCGCAGGUGAUGCGAGCCUUCAAGCAGACGAACAAGAUCCGAGCGCGCCAGAUCGACGAAUACUGCCGCGGCAUCUUCCCGCUCUUCUUUGGCCUCUUCAACAUCUUUUACUGGUGUUACUAUUUGCUGUAAGAGGAAUGAACACCCAGUCUUCACCGUAGACCCCUGGCUGCGUACAAGACCCCAAGUCGUGAUUUAGAACCCAGAGACCCCGGCUUAGCUUCGCGACCCUCGCUGUAGAACCCAGGACCACGUCAUGUGCAUUGGCCUUCUGUCAGGAUCAUCUACCCUGCUAUCGAGGGGAGGGUGUGGGGGGGGGGUGCCGCUGACUAUACUACUGCUCCGUUUGGCGGCGUAGAUGUUGGUUGAUUACCCCCCCCCUCCUUCCACCAAUAAUCCUCCAACAGUGCCCCAGCAGUCCCCCAACAUCUAACUUUUCCCCUUCCCGCACCGAUACUCAUUCUUCGCUCUACAUUCCAGUAUUCCCCUUAUUUUCUCACGUACACAAACACAUAAAGCAGGUACACAGACAUUCACACAAAAUAAACAAACAAGAGCAUACAAUCACCACCAUAAUGUACAUGUUAAUUACUCCUGAAAUACACGCACUGCAUAUCUUAGCUAACAUGAAAACAUGACAUCCCUGGACUAUAACAGCGAUUAUGCUAAUACUCUACUUGAAGGACCAUAAUACGAUACUGUUUUUGAAAGGAGGAGAUAUUCCCGUUGACUUUUUACGCCCCUUCUCUACUGAGUGGACCCUCGAAGACAAUAACCGUCUCUGAGUAUCAUGUUGCUUCUUGGUACAUGACUGAAGGACGCAACAACAUAUUCCCCUUGAAGUGUGUCUCCCCACACGUUUUGAACAUCUUGUUACCAAAGAACCUGUUCCAAGAGCGUCGUAACAGAAAUGUGUAGGAAAUUUAUUUUACAGGUUCUCUACCGCUUUACAGUAUGUUCCCAAGAUUAUGUAAAGCUAUGUAUAUACAUGUGCAUAUCCAUACAUACAUACAUAUAUACAU